UGCAGUGUUUUUAAUGAGGCACAAAGGAGGAGCACAGCCAGCUGGAAACCGGUUUUAUUCUCAUUUCUGUGCAUUAAAAAAAGACUUAAGAUAUAACAACAAAAGUUUGUUAUGUUUGUCUGCUGCUCUUCAUGUCAUCAUGUCACACCCUCUUCUUCUACUGUGAUUUAAAACCCUGACUGGAGACCUGGCGCCACCUGCUGCCUGUAGAGCUCCUGUAAUAAUCGUACGACGGCAGCAAACAUGGCCGAUAAACCGUCUUAAUGUCUCGUAUCAUCUCAGGUCAGGGUGUUGAAUGCUGGUGGACAACAGCUCGCACUGUUUGUCUUCGUUCACCUCGAUGACCUCAUGUGCCUAAGCAGCUGCAGUCCAGUGAUGGUGUCAGAGGGCAGUGAACGUCCCACAGUGGUUUCACCCAGCUUAUUCACUGUGCAGCUGACAACAUCAGACCAACUGACUCAUUAUUUCCUCACACACUCUCCUCCUGCAGGACGCAUGCAGCUCUAAAGCUGUCACUUCAACUAACAUUCAGCUUUAGCACCAGAAACGAUUUAAUUUAUUUAAUUUGUGAUCCUUUGCUUUCCUGACAAGCACAACACAAAAAGAAUUUGACAGUAAAUUAGUUUGGUAAGUAAUCACCCACAGUGUAACAUAAAUCCACUUUAGACAGAAAAUGGUCCAAGCAUUGCUCGAAGCCGAGUUCUGCAACAGCAGAUUCCCUCCUGUGUUCCUGAAGGCACCUUCAGUCCGUCGGCUCGCGGCCGCAGUGUUGUUUGUGUGAGAGCGAUCGCACGUCAAAGACGCUCCGCCUCGCGCCAUUAAGACGCCAGCUGUUCAUCUGUGAACAUUUAAACCCAGAUACGAAGUGCAGUCGGACUCGUUAUGAGUUAACGCAGGGCUCGGCAACCCGCGGCUCCGGGGCGCAUGCGGCUCUUUCACCCCUCUUGUGUGGCUCCCGUGGCUAAGAGAGGGCGAGCAUAUUUGGGGGGGAAAUGAUGUGAAUAUAAUAAUGGACACUUAAUUUAAAUUGAUUUCAUUCUAGUCGUUCAUCAGUGAUCUAAAUAAAACACGGAGGCUGCGUUGAAUGAACGACCGUAACCUGCGUCCGUUUAUCAGCACUCUUUAACAACGUCUGCACACCAACAGCAACACCAUUUCCGGACUCUUCCUUCAAAAUAAAAGCACUACCUGUACUUCUAAAUCACAUGCCAGAAGAACAUAUUAUUAUAUAUUAUAUAUAACUGACUACUUUCAAAAAGUAGGUUAUAGUUGUAAUAGUUAUUUCUUUGGACACUGGGGUGCUCUUGUGACAUUAACGUAAAACUUGUUUUAAUAUCUUGUCGAUCAAAAUAUCCGUCACGUCCUGUUUGCGACACCUUUUGCCGCCAAAUCAGUGACCCGUUUUGCUCCCCGGUAAGCUAGCAGUGGACAAAUCAAGGAAGAGGAAAGUUGUAGACGAAAAUAGAUCGUUUAAUGGACAGAUUCGUUUGGUUUUACUGCUGACAAAACUGGCUUACCGGUAUGCGUAACGUGUGCCACAGAGAUUUGAAACCUGAGAACUUGUUGUUAGACGAGAAGAACAACAUCAGGAUAGCGGACUUUGGCAUGGCGUCUCUGCAGGUCGGGGACAGCCUGCUGGAGACCAGCUGUGGAUCUCCGCACUACGCCUGCCCAGAGGUGAUCAGGGGGGAGAAGUACGACGGGAGGAAGGCGGACGCGUGGAGCUGUGGUGUCAUCCUGUUUGCACUUUUAGUGGGCGCCCUGCCGUUCGACGACGACAACCUGAGGAAUCUUUUGGAGAAGGUGAAGCUGGGAGUUUUCCACAUGCCUCACUUCAUCCCUCCAGACUGUCAGAACCUUCUGCGUGGCAUGAUUGAAGUGGACGCCUCCAAGAGGCUCACGUUAGAGCAGAUCCAGAAGCACACGUGGUACCUAGCUGGGAAGAACGAGCCCGAGCCCGAGCAGCCCGUCCCCAGGAAGGUGGCCAUCAGGACGCUGGCCUCGGCCGAGGAGAUCGACCCCGACGUCCUGGAGAGCAUGCACUCGCUGGGCUGCUUCAGAGACAAGGACAAGCUGACCAAAGACCUGCUAUCUGAGGAUGAAAACCAGGAAAAGAUGAUCUACUUCCUGCUGCUGGACCGUAAGGAGAGGUACCCCAGCCACGAGGACCAGAACCUGCCGCCACGCAACGAGAUCGCAGACCCUCCCAGGAAGCGCGUGGACUCGCCCAUGCUGAGCCGCCACGGUAAGCGGAGGCCAGAGAGGAAGUCCAUGGAGGUGCUGAGCGUCACGGAGGGAGGAUCUCCUGUCCCGGUGCGACGAGCCAUCGACAUGGCAACCCACGGCCAGAGGUCGCGGUCGAUCAGCGGCGCCUCCUCUGGUCUGUCCACCAGUCCUCUCAGCAGUCCCAGGCCCAACCGGCGAUUUUUCAUCCCACCCCAGUCCCCAGACUUGUGUCAGUCCCCCAACUGCAGUCCCACCCACUCCCCUGAGGUCCGCCUUAACGGGGUGGGGCCACGCACGCCCAACUCCUUCCAGCCAAAGAUGGGGUCUCCGCUCAUGCACCCCCGCACGCAGACCCUCCCCGCCAAGCCCAAAGUGUCUGAGAAGCCCCUGCAGACCACCAGGUCCAACCCCCUUCCCAACACAGCCCAGUCUCCCACAACACCCAAAUCUGAGCCCUCGACACCCAGCCAGCCUCUGGCUCCCUGCAUCCCCAACAGCCCACGGGUGAGACGCCACCCUCCCCUCACUGUCCCUCCCAAGCUGUCCAUCCCCCUCUCCCCAGUGCCCCCCAUGUCGCCCCGCCGUCGCCACCACCUCCACCCUGACCACAACGGCAAAUCUGUCCCCAUCACGCAGGUGACCCCCCACCCCUCCCCCAGAGGGAGCCCUCUCCCCACCCCCAAAGGCACUCCGGUGCACACGCCCAAGGACAGCCCGACCGGCACGCCCAGCCCGACGCCGCCGCCCAGCCCCUCCAUUGGGGGCAUGCCCUGGAGGACACGCCUCAACUCCAUCAAGAACAGCUUCCUGGGCUCGCCGCGCUUCCACCGCAGGAAAAUGCAAGUUCCUACUCAGGAGGACAUGUCCAGUCUGACUCCAGACUCUUCUCCAGAACUGGCUAAGAAGUCGUGGUUCGGUAACUUCAUCAACCUGGAGAAGGAGGAGCAGAUCUUUAUCGUGAUCAGAGACAAACCUCUCAGCUCCAUAAAGGCAGACAUCGUCCACGCCUUCCUCUCCAUCCCCAGUCUGAGCCACAGCGUCAUCUCUCAGACCAGUUUCCGGGCCGAGUACAAGUCCACAGCCGGCCCGACGGUUUUCCAGAAGCCGGUCAAGUUCCAGGUGGACAUCACCUACUCCGAGAGCACCAGCGCCACCAAGGACAACGGCAUCUACUCUGUCACCUUCACCCUGCUGUCAGGUCCCAGCCGGCGUUUCAAGCGUGUGGUUGAGACCAUCCAGGCGCAGCUGCUCAGCUCCAACGACCAGCCCGGCAUCCAGCCUCAGAUAUCUGAUGGCUCUCAGCGCUCAGCCUCUUUGCCCAGUAAAUCCUCCAAGCGUGGCAGCCCGUUGAGUAACUUCUUUGACGUAAUUAAACAGCUUUUUUCAGACGAGAAGAACAUCCAAGCGUCCCACUCCCCUGGCGCCCCCGCCACGCCUAGCUCCCCCGCCAAGCAUGCCCCCAGCAGCAAGCCCAACCAGCCCCCGCCCAAUGACUCUAAAUGCCCCCCUGGCAAAGACAAAACAAAGAUGGCCGGCAGCAACAGGACACAGGAACAACCUUAAGGAGCGGUAGCUGUGCAUGACUAGACGAGAAGCAGUAAUCAGGUCAUUAAACCAGAGAACGACAGAGGAGAGCUGCUAACUUUACCCUUUAGUUAGGAGUGAAAACAAAAAAGAAAUCUACUUUUUGCCUAUAAAUUUUGUACUGUAUAAUGGGAAUGGCUACUUCAGUUUAAAAGUUGAUCAGUAUUUUACAAUACAAUACAAGUAGCAAAUGUAGCUUUGUUGUCCCCACCUUCUGUCCCUCUCUGUGUCCUCGUCACACGUGUGAUGGCUUGACUUGUCUCUGCCACCAGGGAUCAUCCAUAAUAACUAUUAACCUCUUCGAGACCGGCCGACAGCGGCCCACUCACGGCCCGCCACCACCAAGAGAGGACAGAGGACCCCUUCCCUCCCCCACAUCACAUCACGCCACUCCACUCCCCCCUCCCCACCCCGUCCGGCUGCAUCGGUAGAGUCCGCUUCGUCACCAGACCAAACACAUCUCAGAAGAGUUGUGAAAAGAAAAAAAGCCUUAAGACAGUGAAGUUUGUCAGUCUACACACACAUCCCCACUCCUCUUUUCUCUUUCUUCCCUUUCUCCCACAUGUACAUAAAAACACAUGCUGUAUGUACUCGACACAAACAUGACUUCUUUGCGGGAUGUAAUGACACGCUGACAAACAGGAAGCUGGAGCAGCGAAGAAGCGGAGGCGGCCGUUCGUACGAACACUGGCUGGACUGUAAUUCUUGUUAAUGUCUUUUUUGUGAACGGCAGGAUUUUCAGGCUCGCCCUGUGACGUUUCUGUGAAUGGGUUCUCGCAGUUAAAAGGCUGCACAUAAAAGUAUGAUGGGGGGGUGAUAUUACGUAAAUGAAUGAUUUAUUCUGUUGUACAGAUUAAACAAUGUUCCGUAUGUACAAAAAGUGUAGUUGUGACAUGUUUUAGAGUUGUGUUGUCAUAUUUUGUUUUGUAUUCCUGUGUAGGCCUGGUCACACCAGUGUGGAAAACAGCAAAUUUUCACAGUGAAAUGAAUUCAUUCCAGUGGAAUCCCUGCAAUUUGUAGAUUUGUUAAGAAGCUGAAUAAAUCUGUGCAAAUUUUUCAGUCAUCUGCUGAAUUUAGAAAGAACAUCAAACAGGAGAGGCCAGAACGAAGUAAGCUAUCUUAUCGUCAUCGCAGUUAACUUUCAUUUCACCUCCUCUGCAAAAGAGAAAUGGCUUGGAGACAGUAAUGAGACAGGACACCAUGAUACAAAUACUGACAGUUAGCAACAUGACAUUAGCUUUCAGGUGCUAACUGACAGUUAGCAACAUGACAUUAGCUUUGUGUUGCUAACUGAUAGUUAGCAACAUGACAUUAGCUUUGUGUUGCUAACUGACAGUUAGCAACAUGACAUUAGCUUUGUGUUGCUAACUGAUAGUUAGCAAUGUGAGCUUACUGUCAUUUUGCCAACAUCAACUUGUUGCUAACUGUCAACAUCAGAAUCAGAAUUCCUUUAUUUAUGCCCGAAGGGAAAUUGACAACAAAUUUGCAUUGCUAACUGUCAGAAACAUGAACUUUUAGCUAGUGAGUUUGAUAAUUGCUAACUGCUAUUUAAUACAUUCACCGGCUUUGAGAAUCCCCAAAAUGCCAGGGGGAGUAAACAUUCAAAUACUGAGAAAAUAGGAUGUAGUUUAGCGUAUUGUGACUAAGUAUUGGUAGCAUGUCCUGGCUGGCUAGCAUGUUAACUCACCACUUUUGUUGUUUUGUUUGCUUUCUGGUGUGACCAAGCCUUAUCUUUAAAAUGUCUCCUGUUCCUUUUGCACUUUUGACAAGUGAAUCAGAUUUGGGUUCAGUUACAUCAUGUAAGCGCAUUUUUAAUUUUCAUUAUAAUUUUUUACAAUAUUGAACUGCUCUGUAUAUUUUUGUACUUUAUUGUAUUAUUGUUUUGUUAUUAAUUUAUUUUUCAGUUAUUUAUAUGAAAGAAGUAGAGAAUGUUUCUUAACGUCAAAGUAUUUAAGGAUAUUUUCGUCAUGUUUAAGUUAUUUGAUCACUAAGAAAUCUCGAAACGUUUGUGAGCGUUCGUUCCUUUUCCCAGCUUUUUGACGAGAGACACCUUGUAAUAUACGUUUGGAAAAUGAUUUACCGUAAUUUAAGAAUGUAGACUUAGCCUCUUUGAGAGGAACAAACCCUCUGUUGAUAAUUGUUGGCUCCUUCUUCCCCUCCAUGUGUAUGAUGACUCAGAUCUCACCACACACUCAUUCUGUAAAUAAGCCAAGUUAACUGACAAGCUUAUUUAAAAAACCAAGGGGAUUCCUACUCUUAGCUUUGACCUCGUACGGUUGUUUGCAUGUUCAGCAUUCGUCUUUUCUUUGCAUGUCGUCGUUGGAAUUGUUCUCCUUUUCCUCUCUCCACACUUAUUUAUAUACUUAUGUCCUUUAUGUGCUUUCGUUUUAAUUUGCCUUCUGAUUUUUUUUUUUAAUUUUUAUUUCUUUCUUUCGCCGUCCUCUUGCCCUUUCCCAACCUUCUGAUUACUGUGUGCACACAGUAACCGUGCAAUGCAUCCUCCUUACUCAUUCUCUCAAAGAGGGACCUCUCUGGCGAUCGGGUUGCUCACCAGCUGGGUGGGUGUUGGGUUAUAAGAGAGAAAAAUUAAAGCAAUACCUUUCAUUGUUCGCAUUCCUC